CACCCUGCAUCACGAAGAUAAUCAUGUUUCUCAGAGGUACUCUGCUGGGAAUUAUUCUUUACAGCAUCCUCUGGACAGAAACUACUCUGGCUGGCUCUAGUUUUUUAAGUCCUGAAUAUAAAAGAACACAGCAACAAAAGGCUUCAAAAAACCCCACAGCACAAUUACAUCGUCGAGGCACAGAAGGCUCUUGGGAUACAGAUAAAGCAGCGGCAGAAGAUGACAGUAACAGUAUUGAAAUUAAGUUUAACGUUCCCUUUGAAAUCGGUGUCAAGAUAACAAAAGAAGAGUAUCAAGAAUAUGGACAAGCGCUGGAGAAGAUGCUAGGGGACAUGCUUGAAGAGAACGCUAAAGAAACUCAGAUCAAAAACUGA